AUGACUUCCCCAUCGAAUGGACCAUUAUCUUUACGUGAUCAUCAUAUAGCUGCAAUCAAACAAAUUCUCAAUCUAAAUAUUUCUCCAUCUGCUACAGUAGAUACAGCUUGGAAAGUUCUUAUUUAUGAUGAAUUAGGUCAAGAUAUUAUUGCUCCAUUGUUUACUGUAAAAGAACUGCAUGAUCUUGGUGUCACACUACACUUAUCAUUAAAAUCAGAUCGUGAGCCAGUCGAUGAAAUUGCUGCUGUUUAUUUUGUUAUGCCUACCAAAGAUAGUAUAUCGUGCAUUGGAAAAGAUUUAGCCGAGGGUUUAUAUGAAUCGUACUAUUUGAAUUUUAUUGCACCAAUUCCAGAUGAUCUCCUUGGUGAGUUAGCUACGGAUGCACUUGAAUCAAAUUCUCAACAAGCUAUAACUAAAAUCUACAAUCAGUAUCUUGAUUUUAUUACACUCGAAGAUGAUCUAUUUUGUUUACGACAAGCAGGCAAAGAUAGUAUUUCUUAUUAUGCUCUUAAUCAUCCACCGACGAUACGUGAUAUUGAUACAAAAGAAAUUAUUGAAACCAUUGCUGAUUGUCUCUUUUCUGUCUGUGCUACACUCGGUUCAGUACCAAUUAUCCGAUGUCCAAAAGGUGAAAUGGCUGAAAUUAUCGGAGAGAGACUUUAUAAAAAAAUACGAGAGAAUUUAUGUGAUCAUCGAAAUAGUCUGUUUUCAUUUGAUUCAAUAAAUAUGGAAACCUUGAGUUUUCAACGGCCAGUUCUUGUCAUAUUGGAUCGAAGUAUUGAUUUAGCAUCUCUUCUUCAUCAUACCUGGACUUAUCAAGCAUUAGCUCAUGAUAUUUUAGAUUUCAAAUCGAAUCGAGUCGAAAUUGAAGAAGUCAAUGAAUCUAUUGUAUUGAAUGAUGGACAACAUCCAACGAAACGACGUUCUUAUGAUUUAAUGCCAACAGAUAAAUUUUGGAAACAACAAAAAGGAAAUCCUUUCCCUAUUGUUGCUGAAUCGAUCCAAGAAGAACUUGAACGAUAUCGACAAUCAGAAGAAGAAGUUAAACGACUUAAAACAGCCAUGGGUAUCGAGGGUGAUCCGCAAGAUUUAGCUUCCAGUCAAUUGAAUGAUAUGACAAGUAAAUUAACAAGUGCAGUUAGUUCUUUACCAGAACUAUUAGAGAGAAAAAAAUUACUUGAUGCACAUACAAAUAUAGCAACUGCUCUUCUUGACCAAAUCAAAGCAAAUUAA